ACUUUGGAGGGCCAGUCACAUGACAACUGACAAGAGGAAGGGUAAAUCAGCUGAGUUGUUAGAUCCCGUGAUUCUUGACAGCUCGCUUGUAGCUGAUUUCAGUUCUUUGCAGCUUUUGACUGCAAUUUGAUUGUUAAGUUUUACUAAAAGCAAAAUGACUGAUAGUAAAAUCAAUUCCAUGUUGAUGAAAUUGCCAGAUGAGACUGGCAAAGGAGAUGUUAUGGCUGCCACCAGUGUGCUGCAGCAAAAAGCAAAUGAAAUCAGGAACAAUUCCAUCAAUUGGCAGUCGUACCUACAAUCUCAGAUGAUUGGUGACGAUGAUUACCGUUUCAUCACUGAAUUCCUGUCAUCUGAUGGAAGCAAGAGAGACACACUGCUGGAGGAACAGAGGGGACAAUGUGCCAAGACCUUCCUGAGUCUUCUGGAGCACAUUUCCAAAGAUCAAACAGUUCAGUACAUCCUCACAAUUAUGGAUGAUAUGAUGCAGGAAGAUAUGAACAGGGUUGAGAUUAUUCGCGAGUACGCAAAGAAGAAGCGCGAAAAUGUCUGGUCGCCCUUUUUGAAUCUGUUGAACCGGCCCGAUGGCUUCAUUCAAAACAUGACCUCUCGCAUCAUAGCGAAAUUGGCUUGCUGGUCUCGCGAUCCAAUGGAGGGCUCUGAUUUGACCUUUUAUCUGACUUGGUUGAAGGAUCAACUUCAAAUGCCAGGCAACGAAUAUGUCCAAACCACAGCUCGCUGUCUCCAGAUGAUGUUGCGAGAUGAAAAGUAUCGCUUGGUGUUUGCCGGAAUGGGAGGUGUUUCCGUCCUAGCGAAUAUCCUGUCUGGGCGCAUCAACUUCCAGAUUCAAUACCAGUUAUCUUUCUGUCUAUGGGUGAUGACUUUCAGCACUCAAUUGGUGGAGCAAAUGAACAAACACAAAAUCAUUCCCAUUCUGGGUGACAUUCUGAACGAUAGCGUCAAGGAUAAGGUCACGCGCAUCAUUCUGGCCGUCUUCCGCAACAUGAUCGAGAAGCCGGAAGACGCGGCCAUGAUUAAGGAGAACUGUGUCGCCAUGGUCCAGGCUAAAGUCCUGAAGCAAUUGUCGAUCCUGCAGCAACACAAAUUUGACGAUGAAGACAUUAUGGCCGACAUUGAAUUCCUGACAGAGAAACUUCAAGCAUCUAUCCAAGAUUUGAGCUCCUUUGACGAAUACUCGACGGAAGUCAAGGCGGGUCGCCUGGAAUGGAGCCCCGUGCACAAAUCGGAGCGCUUCUGGCGCGAAAACGCUCCUCGUCUCACUGAAAAGAACUACGAACUAUUGAAAAUGCUUGUUCACCUUUUAGAGACCAGUCGUGACACGCUGGUUCUUGCUGUGGCCUCCUAUGACAUCGGCGAGUUUGUCCGACAUUAUCCCAGAGGAAAAAGCAUCAUUGAACAGCUCGGCGGUAAGCAGAUGGUAAUGCAACUACUUGCUCACGAAGACUCUAACGUCCGGUAUGAAGCUCUGCUCGCUGUCCAAAAGCUGAUGGUCCACAAUUGGGUCGAUUGUUUGGCGAAAAUGCAAGAGGACGAAUCCAAUCUGGAGAAUGUGGAGGCUGGAUGGAUGUUUCGGGGUAUUUUAGGUGUAGUUUUAGGAUCCGUAAUUGUGGUACUGGCUCUGCUGAUGUGUGUGUGCUUCAAAAAAACCAGAAGGGGUAGUGAUGCAGAAGAACAUAAGAAUGGUAACCUGUUUGGGUCGUCAAGACAUUCUACCGCUCUUGAUACUGAAUUUGAAGAGGAUGGCCUUAAAGGAGCUAGAGCUACAAGUCACAGAAGAUUACCUGACUUACCAGAUCCUCUUCUCAACGGAUCUGAAAACCCUGUUGCUCGACACAGUAGUGUAAGGAGUAGUCAAGAUACCUCUUCAGAACUUUAUGCUCAGGUCGAAAUCGGAGCAGCUACAAACUCGUUUCCAGUGAAUACUAAUAUAAGUGAAGAUUCUGAGGCUGUCAGAAUUUCUGCCACAAACUUUAAUCCGCAAACGGAAGAACCGAACGAAAAUCACCCUUAUGACAAAGUAAAGUCUAACCAUGGGUACUCCAAAAUCAAAAAGAAAGCAGAGAAUCCAUACGCGAAGGUAAAGCGUAGCGAUACCAUGGAGAGUGAACCUGCUGAGGCAGAUGAAAACGAGACAGACACAGAUAACUACGAUGUGGUUUACACCAUGCGUACUGUUGAUGAAACGAGAAAAGUUGAGUCGUCCCCCAAUGGUGGAGUUGCAGUAGGAACUGGCACCGAUAAUAGCGCUCCUCCUCCAUUACCUUUGCCACUACGAGGCUCUCACAGUAGUUUGGCUAGUGGAGGUGAAUCAGGAAGUCACGGUCCUCGGCCUCCCCCUCGAGGCAGACGUGGCCACAGUAUCAUUUUGAGCCAUGCUUCCUCUAAUGGCAACAUUCAUAGACCCAAUAGUCUGAUCUCAAGUGAUCAGGAUGUAGCUGGGCCUGAUUCCCUUGAUGGCGCCGCAGCUGUCCAGAACGACACACUUCCAGAAGCUAGGGGGGCUGGUGUGGCCCAAAUUCAUUUUAGUGGGGAUUCUCAAACAUCUCAGGAUUCUAAGGGUUACUCGAGUAUAAGCGUCCGCGAGCCAUUAGCCAAUUUGAAAGCUCUGAAUCCCGGAGGGAACGUGGGCAGACAAAGGAUUGGAUCGUCCUCACAACACCAUCGCCAGCCUGAUUCAUUGGAUCCGCAUUACGCGACUGUAUCGGAUGCCGAAGACUCGGACGAAAUGUACGCGGCCAUUGCCGAGUUACAGCCAAUAUACGACAGUGGCGCAGGAUCCGAUACUUACGCCAAGAUAAAUGACCGUUCAGAGGCUACUGCGUCCAGUAGUGGGGCUGUUGCUACGGCAGCUGCCGCCGCCGCAUUAGUUGUUCAAAGCCCUGUAAGUCCCACACUACCCAACUUUCCCUCGGAAACGGAGCGGAUCUGUCCCUCACCUGUCCCUCCUACGCCUCCAAGCGUAGUGUCUCUCAAGCAACUAUCCACCGGAUCAAGUCGACUACACGCCUCUACAUUAAGUAUUGCCAGCCAAUCGUCGAUCGUGGGUUCGCCCAAACCGGAAAAACGGCAGGCCAAUUCACCUUUACCACCUCCACCGUUCCCGUUAGAAUUGAAUGACAGCCUCGAUCGCUCUAGAAAAUCAAUGAACGUUGAAGAGAUGUACGCUAAAGUAAUGAAGAAGAAGGGUUUCUCCGUUCACCCGUGGGCGGUGGCGUCGGGCGAAACGGGAGCUGCCAAAAUACAAUCUCAUCGCGGAUCCGUUGACCUCGGAUUUCUAGUUACAAGAGAUGCGGGAGAAUCGUUUUCGCACAAUCCAAGCCGACGAAAUUCGGUCGACUCCACACCUCAGUCGAUGGGCUUCGAUGUUAACGAGAAUGGACAUCAAGUUUCGGAAGCCGCUGUUCAAGAAUCUGUUGCAGCUGUCGUUGAGGAAGACGAUGAAGAAGACGAUUUUCGCUAUGAAAUGCUCCCCACACCGAGAAAGAAUCGUAUCUCAGAAACAGAUCCGGGUUAUGAAAAGAUACAGCUCAAAAGUGGCGAUUCGUUUAACGACCCCCGCUACGAGCGCAUUCAUUUAAGGAACAACGGCGAAGUAGAACCAAACUACGAAGUCGUUGGAUUCCGUAGGAAGAGGUUAAGCGAGUCUAGUGAACCCGGUUACGAAAUAGUUGAACUGCACCAGAAUCCAACGUCAGGAUUCAGCCGACAAGACCCAAAUUAUGAAAGUUUACAUUAUUCCGUCCAUCAUGGUGUAUCCGAUCCGCCGUACGCCAGUAUCGCAAUCCGGGGUGACGAGUUGAAGGAAGGAGAGUUGGAAGUUAUGACGGAAGAGACUACAGCUGAGUUGGUCGUCAACAAUAAUACGGUCGGUAUCCCCGUUUAUGCUCAGGUGAUCAAGUCAAAGAGAGCGGUGGCGCAAACCAAUGUCGUCUCCGUUCUAGAGAGUCUUCCGACUACGACCGACGAAUUUCCGACGGUUCCUGUGUCACCCCGAAGCCUUGAAAAUCAAGACUAUUCUGUCAGCAGUAGUAGUAAGAAUACGACAAUCAUUCGAAUUAGUACUGAUAACCGACCUCCUAUUCAUUAUUUUCCCGACGACGACACCUUCGGUGUUCCCGAACAAGUCUAGCCUGAAUUAACUUUAUAUAUUUUUAUACACUGAAAACAAACUAACUAAAUUGAUCAACAACAAAAUUAUGAACAAAUGUGAUUGGGCCUUAUAUGUUUGUUUAGAUUUCCAUUGAAUCCUUGUGUACAGAUUUGGCGCAAUCCAAGUGCCAUUGUUAUAUUUGCAAUUUAUCAAAAACUUCCAAUUCGCUCGGUUUUUUUUAUCUAUUCCAAAAUGAAACAGCACUUUUCUCUUUUUAUUCAGGUGACUAUAUUUUCUACGAUUUAUCGGUUGAUCGUGUAAUUUUUUAGAGAAAAAAAAAAUCCGGUUCUUUAUCAAUACACUUUUCAAAUGUUU